AUGCUCAGUCACUUUUUGAUCUUUGUCUUUCUUUCCGUGUUUGCAUUUGCCAGAAACACCCCCAACCGUUACAAUCAACAAAAUCAUCGCAAUCAUCACGAUCAGCUUUUGCGCGAAGUUUACCAAUUUCCAAAUGCUACUUGGGUUGAAAAUAUUGCCGUUCGACCAAAUGGAAACUUGCUCGUCACUCUAGUGAAUACACCCGAGGUCUGGGAAAUUAUACCUUCCGGGCCACUUGAACAAUCUCGGGCACGCUUGGUCCACCACUUCAGCAACGCUCAGAUGGCGACGGGGAUCACCGAGCUCACACCCGAUGUUUACGCAGUCAUAUCUUCCAACCACGUUUGGAAAUUGGACCUAAGCAAGAAGGACGGGAAAGCCAUUACGAAACUGAUCAAUUAUAUUCCAAUCGGAAGCUUGAAUGGUAUGACACUCUUGAACAAAGCAGCAGGAAUUGUCGCCAUCGCCGACUGUCAACUUGGGCUUGUGUGGCGACUUGACACAACUUCGGGGGAAUACUCUGUGAUGCUGAAGGACCAGACCAUGGAGGCAAAUUACGAUAUUGGGCCAUUACUUGGAAUCAAUGGGGUGAAGGUCCUCGGCGAUUACGUUUACUAUGUCAAUACCCCCCAGCGGCUUUACUGCCGCGUCCGUGUCGACACGUUUACUGGUCAGGCGGUGGGCCCAUAUGAAAUAAUCAGCAAAGGAGUUAUCGCAGAUGAUUUUGCGAUCAGUGCACACGGUGUAGCAUAUCUUGCUGGGCUUACAGACAAUGUGGUCGCCAGGGCCUUUCUCAAUGGGACACAGGAAGUUAUUGCCGGGAGCCUGAAUUCAACUGCAGUUAUGACGGCCACCUCAGCGGCACUGGGACGAAACAAAUACGCGAAUGUUCUUUAUAUCACGACUGGUGGGGAGACAACGGACGUGACCAGCUAUACCGGAAGAGGAAAGAUCAUGGCACUUACUCUCGAUCUGUGA